AUGGCUCACGAUUUUAAGAAUCAAAAACUAAAUAAGUCUCCGUUCUUUUCACUUCAGUGUGACGAAACAACGGACAUUUCGCAGAAUUCUCAAUUACUGUUUUAUUGUAAAUUUAUUGAUGAUAAAAAAUUCAAGGAAGGAAUAUUAUUCUCUCAAACUCUUAAAACAACAACAAAGGCGGUUGAUGUAUUUUCUGUUCUUUCUGAUUUUUUAAUAUCUAAUAGUCUUCCUUGGGAGAAAGUAAUUGAUAUAUGCACUGACGGAGCACAAGCUAUGACUGGCUGUAAAAAUGGUUUUAUUCAACUAGUCAAGGAAAAAAACCCUAACAUAAUUAGUUCACACUGCAUCAUUCAUAGACAGGCUUUAGCUUGCAAGACUUUACCUGAAUCACUAAACUCAGUUUUGAAUUUGGCAAUAAAAAUUUUUAACUGUGUAAAAUCUAAUGCUUUAAAUACUAGAAUUUUUAAUGUUUUGUGUAAUGAGUUGCAAAGUGACCAUCAAACUCUUAUUUAUCACACAGAAGUUAGUUGGCUGUCUAAAGGUAAUAUGCUUGAUAGAAUAUACCAGAGUUGA